GCGGAGUGCAGCCAAAUAGCUGUGAUGACCUUAGGUGCAUAAAUAUUUCAGCCGCCUGCUGCUUGCUAGUUGCCGUUUUCAAGAGCAAGGCAAGGUCCCUGCGAAAACUGUGGAAGGACGUUGCAUGAGCCACCCACUAGGCAUGCCUCCCAUAAGCUGGUCAACAGGUUGAAAGCGAGCGCAGUUGAGAACUUUUCGAAAGUUGCCAAAAAGUGAAAUUAGUGCCCGCUGUCCGUUGUCCGCAGUCCGUUGUCGUGGCCAUGAAAAUUCAAUUAGUAUACGGGCGCUAAUUAAUGGCAAAUUGAAAGCUUUCCACUUGUUGAGAAAGGUUUUUCGAAAAUGCCACACAGCCAUUGUCCAGGCAUAAAAAACACACACGGCUCACGUGCUAAAAAGCUCCGCACGUGUCCUGCCGCACAUGGAAAACGUUUGAAAGGAUCCGGAAGGCUGGAGGGGAGGAAACACGGGGAAAGCUUUCACUGCCAAUAGCAACAGCGUGCCCCAAACACGAGCUCCACGAGCUUUGGCCGACUCCAGAAACCAAAAAAUCCUUUUGGCCAACAGUUUGUUGCUCAAGCUGUUCCCGAACGGACGUCUCCCCCAGAAUUGUUCGCUCCCGACAGUUGAGACAUCGAUUCAAUUCGGUUUCGGCCAGAAGUUCUCUUUACCAACCAAAAAAAAAGAAAAGAAAUAAAAAAGGAGAAAUAACAGAAACAAGUUUGGUGGGGAGUUGCUCCCCAAGUUCGAGGAGUGGAAAUUUCUUUGCCAUUUCAGUUCUAGUGUGUGUGUGUGAGUGUCUGCAUAUUUGAAUAACACGACGACGAUCAAAAUUAAACAAAACCCACAAGAAACCACUUUUAAAACAGCGAAAAAAGGGAGUGAACUAAAUUCGGGGAAAACAGUCGAACCUAGCCAGGCUAAGUCAGCUGCCAGGCCGAGACUUGUUACCACCAUUUAGUUAGCCUGGAAACAUGCAAAGCCAACAUUAGAUUGUGUCAGCCAGCUGACUUUAAAUGGCAGGCCAAGACGGCUACAUGACCAGCAGAAUAUAAAGUGUUUAAAGGUCUUAGUGAACGGAAGAAAUCACAUAAUCCUCGGCAAUGUGUCGCGGUCAUAUACAAAAAUGGAGCAUCUAAUGCACAUGUGAAAUGAUCAACCGAAGGCCCAUUUAUCAGCAUCCCCGAAGUGUUCUGCUCGGAAAAGUGUAAAAAUAAACAAGCAACCGACAACUAACAAGCAAACAACGGCCAUAACAAUUUGUCAAGUCCACAACCACACACAAAAAAUAACACACAAAGCAGGUGAAAAUAAAAAAAAACGCGCUGCCGGAACGGCAAAAAACGCGCGCGUUUUAAAACGCCCCCGAAGCAGCCAACAAAGGAUUAUCGCGAUGGCAAGGACCACGGAGCUGAAGCUGGCAACGGUGGAGCCUGCGAAAUGAAUUUAUGCCUGUGCAGUUUUCCAUCGAUUUUCGUCUUGCGCCACAACGGACUGGGGAUGAAACACCAAACACAUAAAACGGAUUUGAUAUUAAAAAAAUAUGCAGAAACAAGAAAAAAGGCGCGAGUUGCGCCUGAAGCGAUUCUGGCGCUCCCCCAAGACGACUUCCUCGGAGGACUCCACCGGCUAUGAGAGUCCAACGAGGACGAAGGCGUCCAGUGCCGGCGGCAGUAGCGAUGCCCAAAGAUUUAACCACCUGCACUACACUAGCCUGUCGCAGGGAUCGGCCACCUCGUCCUCAGCGGGCGGAGCCAAUGCAUCCGGAGCGGGGCCAACGACAAUUGGGCCGUCCGGCAACAAGCCCUCCUGCUCGCUGCCACUUUUGCAGGUGUGGCCCAGCCAGGAUUCGCCGCGCGGGGAGGCAGAUGGCCAGUCCUUUGUGUUCCCGGCCAUCGUGGAGACCAGUGUCAGCAGUCCGGUAGCCGUGGCCAGUGGAAGUGGCAGUAUCGGGAGCACCAAUCUGAGUCUGAAUGCCAGGCGGAGCACCAACCACCUCAGUUUGUCCACGGACCGGCGGAGUUCUCUGUACUGUGAUACCCUGCACGCCGGGGACUCUGGCAUAGAUUCGGUGCAGGCCUCGCCCUCGCCGAACGCCUUCAUAGCUCCGCCGGGAGUUCACAAUUUGCCGCUGGGACAGACGGGCGGAGGGUCCUGCCAUGUGUCGCCCACCAGCACGCCCACCCAGGGAUCCCCCAAUUUGUCUCUGGGGCGGCGAGGCAUGCGGAACAGCAUUUGCGUGGUGCCAAGUGGCAAUGGGCGGAGGAAAUCGAGUGCCCUGCUGCAUCCUGACCAUGCUAGACUGUUCGCCCUACGGAUGAAGCAUGCCGCUGCCCUGGAAAGGGCACAGACCUCGCCCGACCAGACCUCCAUCGAGGACGCGAACGAGUUCCACGAUAAUGGACUGGCCACCAAUCUGCGGCUGUGCUCGGCCUCCUCAUCGACGACGUCGUCGCUGACAUCCGUGGCCGCGGUCAGCCUGGGCGGUGCCGGUGGUCCGGGUGCGAACACCACCUGUGGCUCCUCCUCCGGCUCCGCCUACGCUGUGGGCGCGGCGGGCGUCCAGCAGCGCGUCUCCGAUCCCUGGCUGCAGCCGCAAUCCGAUCGGGAACGGGACUCCCGGCACGAUGGCAGACGCAGGUCCUCGACGAUGACCGCUCGCUACUCCCUGUUCGAUGCCCUGGACCUGGAGUACGUGCUCUUGAGGGCCGCUGCCCGAGGUUCCGUGGGUCCCUAUAGUCUCAGUGAGUCCAUACACAAGCUCACCUUCACCCAGUCACUGGCUUUUCCGGCCCUGGCUCGGGGUCUGGCCACCAAGAGAAGGAGAUCGGCCACGCAUACGAGUUCACGGCCACUUAAUCCCCAUGAGUCCGGUCUAAAUACCUGCGCCAAGGUUGUCACCGCUGUCGUUCUGGUGGCCCUGUCCUUCAUGGUAUUCCUCAUCGUCUACAAGUUUGUGAGGACGUGAGGUUUGCUCCUGGCCCCGUCGCCAGAGCUCCCAGUCACAUAUCAGGCCAACUACGGAGCGGAUGAGGGUUCACCAUCGUCCUCCAUCAUCUCAUCGGCGGGCCGCAGUCUGGGGAAGCAUAUGUCGGGGUUCAGGAGCAAAUUGGGUCUGCGUCAGGCCGACUUCGAGUGAUCCUUAAGAAGAACGUUAGAACAGGCAUUGAAAAACUGGUCAGCAGAAAUUUUACUAUUCUAAAGGAUUUCGGUAUUAUUUUCUUUAUUUUUUGGUCAUAGAAACACGUUAAGUUGAAGUAUUGAUGCAGAAAAUCAAAGAUUACAUAACUUUGCAGCAUUAAAUAUGAAAAAAAAAAAGAUUAAAAACUAAACUUGAUUUUUAGAGUUAUAAAUUCGAUUUUGGCAAACAUUUGGUUAAUAAUAAAUUCUUUCUUAAUGCAAAUAUAAAAAUUAAAUAACAUUAUCUCAUAAUUCUGAGUUAAAACUAACUUAAAAAUUUCUAUCGAUUUUAUCCAAGCUUAGUAAAAUGCUGCUGACCUGUGAAAUUUUUGUGAUAAACUAUCAAUGAAAGCAAAUUUUCCACAAAUGAAAACCAACACAGAUACACGAAAGUGUAACCAAUAUGUAAGUUAAUGGAAUAACAAAUUAAAGGCUUAAACAUUUAGUAAAAACAGCUUCAAGAGGCUUGCCAGAGUUUCAUCAAAUUUAUAAUAUAUACUUAUGAAUAAUAAUAUUUUUUUAUAAAGAUCGCUGCUCGCAUUUCCUAGGCUCCUAUUUAGCAAAGAUUUUUGGAUAAAACUCAGACUACAGUUUCAUUGUUUGCAGUUGAAGUGCCUAACUAAUUUUUAAAAAUUACACAUUACAUUAAUAUACUGCUUACUUUUGUUCUCUUCUUAAAAACGAAUUUAGAAAUUGGCAGCUGCUUGGGAAACUAAAACGAAAAUUCAAAAACAUGCGCUGCAGUAGUCCAAUAAACUUACCUGUAGAUAAAGUGUUUUUGAAGGGGAACUAUAAUUGGCGGAGGAGAUUAGGAGGAUAUGUGAAGAGAGAAAAUAGGUUUUGCAAUCUUGUAAUAUGUUUUUUUUUAAGUUUGUUUAAUAUUCAAAAAUAAUAUUCUUGUUUCUUAACUUACUUCUACUUCUAUCUCUAAAACUAUUUAAUUUGGUUUUUGAGACAUUUAAAAAUAUCCAAAAAAUAUCUUUCUUAUUGCAAAGCAAAGCUUAGGCCAUCUGUUCCACGUUUCUCCUCCGAUUUAGUGUUGAAUAAUUGGCAUUAGUUUUAAGGAUCAGGAAUAUUGGCAGACGAUUAAGAAACCUACAAACAUGAAACAUUUGUACUGAGUUGACGGACGGCUAGAAGACGGCGGAAAGAUAUGAUAUAUAGUAUAUGGAAAUCCAGGCAUAUUAAAUAAACAUAUUUAUGGUAGCUAUAUAUAUAGUUAUACAAGCAAAUAGAUAUGUAUAUGUAUACAUGUAUAUGGGUGUUUAUAAAUGUAUACCUAAGCGGCUUAAAUGUGACAAAGCACUUGCUGAAAUACCAAAACGAACUCUCUACUCUUAACUUGCUGCCUUACUUUCCUCUAGUGAAAAUAGUUGAAACAACAACAACAAGAUCGAUGAACAAAGUCCCGACUAACAAAUUCUUCAUAAAUUGCUGCCUUACUUUCCUAAAACGAACAAAAAACAAAACAAAAUCGAACUAAAAAACCUUUUGAACGAAAACCUCUUUAACUCUCAGAGCUUUUUUCCUAUUUCCUCUAUGAGCUUGGCCUAACCAAAGAGAAAAAAAAGCAAACCUAAAAAUGUGCAACAAAAAUAUAAGAAACAUUUUAUAUAGAGUAAAAAAAUAUAUGCUAAAUGUAAUGUUAAAUAAUUGAUAUUAAUAUUAAAGCUGGCUAAAGUAUAAACAUUCUGUUGCAUAAGUAUAAGUUACUCCUUCUUCUCUCUUUUUUGCAUACAUAAUUUCAACAUUUGUCGAUGGCAUUCAUCAAUAUUUAUGCAUAGUUUUACGACCUUCUCUUUUUUCGUUACGAUUGGUGUGUGCAACCAACUAUGGUUAAAUGAAAAAAAUCCAUAUUAAAUGUCACACAAACAGAAAUGAGAAGUAAAUGAAAAAUGAAAAUGGAAAAUGGAAAACUGUAACCGUAACUGAAGUAAGUUGAAACGUGCAACAAUAAAAGGAAAGAAAUUUUCAAAUAAA